AUGACACCGAGAAAUGCUCUCCUUCUGAUGCGACCGAAAAAGGAGGAUAUUGUGGAGGUCAAGAAAACCAGAGCCGAAGAAACGCUGGCCGGGGGUGAAGAACCGUUCGAAAAUGGAAAGAAGACCGCCACUGCGGAACCGGCCGACUCUCCAUCACCAAUAUUGCCGAAAACAUCACCAUCCAAAGAGGAUGGAUCUGCGUCGCCCACUGCCACCUCUGUUGAUGCCUCCGCCCUCGGCGCCGUCACCACCACCACCCCGCAGGAGGGGUCGAGUCUUCCGGAAUCAGCCCCAUCGGCCGACGGGUCCGCCUCGUCCACUACUGAAGGACAAGGUAACUCUAGCCGAGGUGGAGACCGUCACGCCGGCUGCAACUUCGGCGCCCUUCAACAACGAUUUCCGAAAACUCCGAUUUAG